CCUGCCACGCCCUUUUUGCCAACGCCUGGUAAUUGUGUUAGGUUGAGCCUAGAGGGGUUUCUUGCAGGCUGCAGUCAGUCUCUGGGUUUUUCUUGUCCUCCCUCUCCUUUCUCCGCCGGCCAGCGGCUCACACGCUGAGGAGUGCCAGGUUUGGCUGCCUGCAUCAGGUCUAGCUCCAACGCCUCCCUUGACCCUCUGCUCAGCUUUCCUUUCCAUUCCGGUCGUUUUACUCUUCUCUGUACCAAAUCACAGUCAAGCCAUGACAGACAGAAACGAUUGCAUCCAGAAGGCCAAGUUGGCGGAACAGGCGGAGCGCUACGAUGAUAUGGCGGCCAACAUGAAGGCUGUGACAGAAUGCGGGGACGAGCUGUCCAACGAAGAGCGGAACCUUCUUUCUGUGGCUUACAAGAACGUGGUUGGCGCACGGAGGUCAGCAUGGAGGGUCAUCUCCAGCAUUGAGCAGAAGACGGAGAGCUCUGACAAGAAGCAGCAGAUGGUCAAAGAGUACAGGGAGAAAGUGGAGAGCGAACUGAAAUCUAUAUGUGAUACUGUGCUGACCCUGCUUAAUGAAUUCCUAAUCAGUAAAUCCACCCAGCCGGAGAGCCAGGUCUUCUAUCUGAAGAUGAAGGGCGACUACUACCGAUACCUGGCAGAGGUGGCCACUGGAGAGGAGAGAGCCCGUACAAUACAAGACUCGCAAGACUCUUAUCAAGAAGCAUUUGAAAUCAGCAAACAGAAAAUGCAGCCAACACAUCCCAUCCGCUUGGGCUUGGCCCUGAACUUCUCUGUAUUCUUCUAUGAAAUUCUUAAUAGUCCUGAAAAGGCAUGUCAACUGGCAAAGACUGCGUUUGAUGAAGCCAUUGCAGAACUCGACACCCUUAAUGAAGACUCCUACAAAGACAGCACACUUAUCAUGCAGUUGCUUAGAGACAACCUAACAUUAUGGACAUCAGAUGCUGCAGGAGAGGACAACGAUGCUGGAGAACCAGCAGUGGAAAACAACUAGUGCCGCCAUCUGUCCCUAAUCAGCCCUUUUUACACAUCUCCAUUCCUAAUCGCUCCACGUGGAUUUCCUUAUAGCAAAGAAAGUCCAUCCAUGUGUAACGGAAAUAAAGUUAUAGUCUCUUCACACUGCAGCUUCUGGAGAACUCAUUCCGAUUUAUUUUUAAAAAUGUUUUUUUUUUUUUUUUUUUUUUUUUGGUGUGCGGUUACUGCUGUAGAGAAGUAUUAACGGUUUCACUUCAUGUAAAAAAAUAAAUAAAAAAAUUGAAAGAAAAUGUGGAAAUUCACAUAACUACCAGACACUUAUGGUAAGGACUCGAAGCCUUUCUAAUAUUUAAAUAAAAAAAGAAAAAUUGGAACCAUUAAUUUCUGCAACUGACUUGUUGUGUAUUAUAAUGUAAGAAAUGAAGUUAACUGCUGCAGCCAAACCCCCCCCUUUGGUAUCACUCCUUUGGGGACAUUGGUCCAUAAAUAAUUUUUUUUAGACACUUUCUCUGCUUUCCUUCCUUAAAAGCCAAUUGAGUUGCUGCUGCCUGGGUAUAACUUCUGUUUUCUACCAAGCAAACAUCUGGUUAAAGGGGGUGUCCCAUUUCGGACUUUCAUGGCCAAGGUUGGAAUAAUCACAGUAAACACUGGCCAGUGGAUUUAUGGAAAUGGCUGAGCGGCCAGCGCUUCCCAGUCUCUAACUCCCAUAGCAGUGAAUGGGCGCUGUGCUGUUCUCGUAGCUUCCAUUCAUUACUGUGGGAGUUAAAGAAACAGCAAUGCUCUGAAUUGUCCCAGAUUCUGGUCGCCCUUUGACGCUUACUUGCCAUAAAAGACAAAAAUGAGACAACCCCUUUUUAAGACCUUGUCCACAGUGUAGUUUCAGGGUAUGAUCAGAUGGAGGAUUUUGUCCAUGACAAUCUGUCAUAUACGCCACAGCACAAAAGCGCUGUGCAGUGGGUUUCCAUGCAGACCGGCUGUAGGUUUAGCACUAUUGAAUGGAGGUAAACCACGAGCAGACUCUCGCUGUGGCUUCGCGAUGUCCACACGCAAUCCACGCCAUCUUAAAAACAGUCUGCAAAAACCCUCAGCUGUAUAGACUGUGGCGUGGCCUCCCAUUGGAAACGGUGGAAAGUGGCUUCAGCUCAGAUUCAGUCUGGUUUUCUGCACCAAAUCCAUGCUGAAACCCACGCCCCAAAUCCUCCAUCUGCACGUACCCUUAAGGUGGUGCAAAUAGUUUUCUGCCAAAACCAAUCUUUGGCUGUGAAUAAGUCACGGGAAGCUGCACUGUGGGCUUCAGAGGCUGUGGACUAGGAUUGUGGGAUUCUCAUGUCCAAUUACUGAUUUAUAUAUUUUUUUAUUCCUUUUUCUUUUUGCUGCUGUUCCGUUGACAAACCUGCCUACUCCAAUAAACCUUCAUUACACUC